AUGCCCUCGAUGCGGGUCUUUCGACUACUUGUUCCGCUGGCCACUAUUCUGGAUCUUUUCGACAUGUCAAAAGCAUCUUCGCCCCAACUGGAUCAUCUUCUGCCAGCCGGCAACCUUUGGACCCUUGGCAACUUCUGGACAACAAACAGCGGCGGGUGGCAGCCCUGCCGAAAAAAGAACGAUGAUGAGACUGAGGACAUCUUCACAACGGUUGUAGAUACUUCCUCCCUCGCUGUCCGGAUCGGCUGUCAGGACUGCUUCUUCCUUUGUUGCAUUUUGCCUCUGGCUGUGAACUCUUUUUUGCACGCCCAGGAAGACAACGGCUACGGCCGGACAGCGAGCGCAGAUGUUUGA